AUGCCUCCUCUGUACAAAGUCGUACUCCUCGGAGACUCCUCGGUUGGAAAGACCUCACUUGUUUACAGACUAACGUCUGAUAAGUUUGAUCCAAACCUGCCUAAUACAAUUGGUGCUGCAUUCAUAUCUAAGGAACAUACCAGAGAUGACAAGACGGUGAAGCUCGAGAUAUGGGACACCGCGGGCCAGGAACGCUACAAGUCACUUACGCCAAUGUACUAUAGGAACGCUAAAGAAGCACUUGUGUGCUUUGAUCUUUCAAGUCCUGACGCUUCAUUUGACAGGGCUAGAUACUGGGUAGACCAGCUCAAGGUGCUGGGCCCUUCAGACAUUAAGGUAAAGGUUGUGGGUAACAAAAAGGACUUGGUGGAUGAGUCUGAAAUCGACUUGCUGCGUAUAAGGGAGUUUUGCAAUGAUAAUAACGUUCCUUUGUAUAUGACCAGUGCCAAACAGGGAGAGGGAAUUGUGGAGAUGUUUGAUAGUAUGGUGGGUCUGAUAGACCAAGACUUCUUUGAUAACUACACUGAAGAGUCUGAAUCUCUACCCCAACCGAUCUCUUUGUUGAACGUUCGUGCAAGAAGCUCUACAUGCUGUUAA